AGAACAAUUUCAUAGCUAAGGAGGAGCAAAUCAGCUUCAAAGACUGUGCUGAAGCUUUCAAAUCUGGACUGACAACAAGUGGAAUCUACACCUUAACAGUUCCUAACACUGCACAAGAAAAGAAGGCCUACUGUGACAUGGAAACUGGUGGAGGAGGUUGGACCAUUAUUCAGAGACGUGAAGAUGGCAGCGUGGACUUUCACCGGACAUGGAAAGAGUACAAGAUGGGAUUUGGUGAUCCUGCUGGGGAGUACUGGCUGGGAAAUGAGUUUGUUUCUCAACUGACUAAUCAGAAACGUUAUGUUCUUAAAAUACACCUGAAAGACUGGGAAGGAAAUGAAGCGUAUUCAUUGUAUGACCACUUCUCUCUAGCAAGUGAGGAACUAAAAUACAGGAUCUACCUUAAAGGACUUACUGGGACAGCGGGCAAAAUAAGUAGUAUAAGCCAACCAGGAAAUGAUUUUAGCACAAAGGAUGCAGACAAUGACAAAUGUAUUUGCAAAUGUUCACAAAUGCUAACAGGAGGAUGGUGGUUUGAUGCAUGUGGUCCUUCUAACCUCAAUGGAAUGUAUUAUCCAUUACGACAGAACAACAACAAGUUCAACGGUAUCAAGUGGUACUACUGGAAAGGCUCAGGAUACUCUCUCAAAGCCACGACUAUGAUGAUUCGACCAGCAGAUUUCUAAACGUUUUUGCAUUAUGUGAAUUAUGUAUUGUAUAGUCUUCAAAGACUUCAUUUGCCAAGAAUAUAAACACACAUCUGCAACUUGUCUCAUUUUCAAGCCUAGAACACGUGCUAGUGUUCUGAAGGGAUCAAUUCAGUGCAAUUCCUGAAUUGCAAUAGCCUUGAUCAGAUAAAGAGCUCGUAUUAUUCAACCAGAUACAAAGUCUAAAGCAUCAACCUGAUAUAACAGUGAUUUGGCCAAACAACUGAAUAAAAAGAACGUCAAAGAAACUGUCAGGCAACUUAAGGACUCUGUUUUACUGACCAUUUAUGUUAUGUAUGUGUUAGUAAAUAACUGGAACUGUGAAAAUACCUAAAAUAGUUUUAGAAAUAUGCAUUUUGCCUCAUCACUGAACUUUAAAACAUACUCUAAUAUAAAACACUUAACUAGAUCUAGAACUAUUUAUCUCUGUGUCAUGUUGGCCUUUUAUGUACAUAAAAAAUUACUGUCCUGUAAUUAGCUCAAUACUGUAGUUGAAGAAUACAUUCUUCCCCCCCAUAGUCUCCUAAACAACUUCUUACACUUAUUCAGGGAUUUUUUCCAAUAGCCUGUAUUACUUUAUUUAACAGAGGACAAAUAGCAUUUAAGUACUUUGCAUUUAUUCUUGGGAAAUACCAUGUACAAAAACCACCAUUUUUUCCAGUUUUUACUUAUAACAGUCACUAUCUUUAAGUUACAAAAAUCCCUGCAAAUUACUGUAUUGUAUGUGUUUCCUAAUUUUUAUGAAGAUGGCACUUUUUUCCUUUCCUUGUCAUUUACCUGUAAAAUAACUGAUCAGUAUUUUAUAAACUGAGACAAUGGCAUUAACACCAGAUGUCCAGUUGUCUAUGACAAUCAUUUAUCACCUGGUGUUGUAAUACAUCUAUAUGUUUUGUAAAUAUAACUGAACUGAAAAACAUAUGCAUGUUCUUUGAUACAAUUAUAUUUAUGCUCAUGAGUUAAGAUACAAAUUAGUACAUUUUAAAAACAAGAAAAAAAUCUGAAAGUUAUCUAAGGUCAUACUGUUGGGCUUUUUUUAGUAAGGUUAGGACUUAUCUCUAAAAAUUAUCUGUAGGUAGGCCCUCAAUAUAUGACACAAUGUGAAUAAAUUACUCUAC